AUGUCCCGUUUUCUCUUCUACCCGCACGUCCGUGGUGCAAUCUCGAGGCUACCAGAGCACUACAAAAGGCGCUAUUUAAGGAGUCGUCUGCCAUCAGCCAUUAAGUACAUCCAAGGGCCCGAAGAACCGUGGAAACGCGCAGCUUCAGAUAAUGCGCUGUAAGUUUUUGUAUUCUUUCAUUAGCACAUCUUCGAAUUCCUCAUCCUCUCUAGUUAUUCCUCCGAAGCUUUCGAAGUUGCGCCCGAUGUGUUGUUUCCCGAGGAGUCGCAGCGAGCCCUGUGGGGUGGAGAGGGUAUCGUCAGGGGCUUUAUCGAACUGAAACGCACACACACACGGUAAUGUCCCCAUUCGGUUUACCUACACCUCUUCAGUUGUCCAAAGACGUGGGGGCCUGACCUGAGGCAACACCUAUUCUACAGUGAAAUACUUGACCGAUGGAUGAUCAUUUUAGUAUCAGUAACUGCACUGAAGCAGAUUGAAAAUCUAAAGGGAAUCGAUAAUUAUAUUCUAGAGGUACUGUCUGUUUUUGCACAUGUUAAAUAUUUAACGCCAAGUCUAGACUCCAGAAAAUAAACUGUGCAGCCGUCUGGCAAUGUAUCUCAAGAGAGAGAUGCUUCGAAAAAUUUCAUCGGACGAGUUCCGGCGAGAGCAUCCCGAUUUGUUUACAAAAUACAGCAAUUUUGCCAUACCGGUAGGUCUCAGUGUUUCCAGCACAGUAAAGAGCCAGCCGGUUUAGAUGUCCGCUUUGUGUUUUCCAUACUAUUGUUUCGGUUUUUUUAUUGUAGUUCACACUAAAAUUAUGUAGCUGCUCAGUUAAACGUCAGCCUGUGUGUUAAAUUUGUUCACGUGUCUCAUUGGUUGACGAGGGGUCUGCUCUACAGCAAAACAUCAACCGGUGGAACUUGUUGCGUUAGCAGAGCUUCAUCGUCCUGGAAGUCUUCGACCUCAUGCCGCACCCUCCACCUCUAUGUACAUAACACACUUAGGAGACUGGAGUCACGAUUUUUGCCUAAUGUGCCAUUGUUAGCCAGCUACGCCCAGCCCCGGGCCUGGCAGACCUGGGCCUAUUGAUUACUGUAUAACACUCCACCACUGGACCAUGGACCUACGUCAUUUAUCUACAUAGCUCAUACGUCGUGCUCACGUCCAACAACACAGGUCUCUCGAAGCUAACCUUGAUUGUUGCUUCUUCCAUGAAAUCGAAGUGAACGGUGACUUAGCAUGCGUUUCAUGUAAGCAACCGCAGCUUUCGUUUUCUUCUCAUCCUUCCCCCUCUGUUCUCCAUUGUCCGUAUACUCCUCCUUUUCUUCCUCCCCGUCCUCCUCAUCCUCCCACUAGCUCGUUGUUUUGAAGAUUAAUGAAGGCUCAUCGUCUAUCGCCUCCUCUUUCGCCACCCUUAUCUUUUCUUUUUCCUCUUACCCACGCUUGAGCCUUCGAUUCGCCAUGUCUCUCCCACUCAUGCAUUUUUUCCGUUCCCUAUCCUUUUUUGUCGUCUUGCCUUCUGUUCGCUUUAUCUCGAUUGUUCCUAUUCGGUUUGGCUGGAAACAUUUAGCCGGAAGAAGCUGAAUGGGUCGGUCUGUCACUCGACGAGGCUAUCAAGAAACAACUGAAACUGGAGCACGAGCAGGCACGUAUAGAAGCAGAGACGCCCAAGAAAUACGUCUUUGCCGAAACUCUGCUUGAGCAAUUAGACCGGUCCGCCGAAUCCGGCAGCGAAGGUAGGCACCACUUUUCCAUCCUCAUUUUCGUAUUCUUCAAGGGACGUUUUCUUCUAAAAGGAUGUAAGAUGGGUUUCUGCACAGUUUUCUCUGCUUACGAUUUCCUGCAGUUAUCGGGGCCCUUCUCGAACUUACUUCAUCAUCACCAUUGCCACCAACCUCAUCGUCAACUUCACUGACGUAGUUUUCUUUGUGCUUUUCGAAAGCAUGCACCAAUUAGCAAUUUCAGCAAGCAUAAUUUGACUCGGGACCAUUUAUUAAAUCAAACACGUAAGGCCAUGGUUAUCUAUACGAAAUUAGUCCCCAUUAAUCUCCCUGGUACGAUUUCAUACGUGGUCGGUCGACCAGAUAUUCGGUCUUCAAUCGUCGAUUUAUGCAUAGACCACGCACGGAUUUGGGUAAUUCCGGCUUAAGGUAUGGAAGAGAAGAUUUUGGUGUUUACAUAAAGAACUAUCUAAUUCCACAGAGUUUAUUCGACACAAACGUCCCCAACUUCCUCCUGACUCACACUUCUUGUUAAGUCAAUCAUCCCAUUUUAAUCUGCGGGCAUUCCAAGUUUGUGUUUUAAAUUGUGGCCUUAUCACAGGGGCGGAUCCAACCAUAUACUGAACCACAGAGAUUUCGAACUCCUAGUCGUUAUUUUUUUAUUCGAUCUAGCUCAUGAGCAUAUACGUUUGUUUUCAGUAUUCGAUUGACGUUCUAAAAACUUCGUGUUUGAGCAUGAAAAGAGUCUGAUGUGCACCAGGCCUAUAGUAUCCUCGGACAUUUGGGGCAUGGUAUCCGAAACGCAGGUAAAGCAUUAAAACCCCCAGAAAGCCUCCUUGUUUUCCUUAGGUGAAUAAAAAAGCCGGUUGCUAUGUGCAUGUAUUGGUCCAAGGCGGCCAGUCCCCGGAGUUUUCCCCAUCACGAAUCCAGAGCCGCAUUUGCUUAAGAUGGUGUACACUGGUGCAAUUUCCUGUCUAUCAAGGACAUCCACUGAUACGAAAGUUUCUUUUUCUGUUCCUCUCCUAAACCAACAUGUCAUAGGAUGCUAAUGCAUGCGAGAUUGAUUCAUGGUGAUGCAGCUGCAUCCGUUCCAUUGUCUGAGUCUUUGACAGUCGAUAAGCGUUCCUACUUUUAAAAUGUUCAGAAGGACAACUACGCCUGUUUCGCCCUUGUCCUAAUCUCCUCCAUAAGCUGCGCAUGUUAUUAGUCGUCGGUCUUUAUUCUUCCUUUCCAGACAUUACCGACGGGCCGGCUCAAAAACCAGGACUGGCGUCUUCUAUAAGACGGUCAGUCGGUCGUUUCCUCUACGGUUCAAAGUCCACAAAAGCCUAA